AUGUUCGUCCGUUGUUUCUCGAGCACUGCUCGUGUAUUUCAACAAGACCUGUUGAAGAAAUACUACUCUCCAGAACUACUCAAGUCUAUUUCCUUAGCUGAUAAAGUAAUUCCUGACAAUGUAGAGUUCAAACCACAGACAAAUGUUGAAUUCUCACCACCAUAUUUGGAUAACUUUGCCACAUUACAUCCUUAUUGGGAUUAUAAACCAAACUCUCCACAUCUACAUUCAAGCUCAUCUUCGGUAUUCGUUCAAGAGAUGGAAAAGCAUCCAGAUUUGACUCCUCCUGUGGGUUCAUACUUACAAACUGAAGGCAGAUCAGAUAUACAAAACAUUGCCAAUAAUAUCCAACUACAGACGGGGUUCGAUGCUCAACAUAUCGCCAGAAAACUAGUGAUGAAACCAUUGAUCUUAAAGAUGGUUUCUAAUCAAACUGCAAAAGGUAAAAUUCCAUCCUUCUAUUCUCUUGUGGUUGUUGGUGAUAAGAAUGGUAUGGUAGGAAUCGGUGAGGGUAAAUCCCGUGAAGAUAUGGCAGAAUCCAUCAAGAAAGCUCAUUGGGAUGCAGUGAGGAACUUAAAAGAAGUGCCUAGAUUUGAAAAAAGAACUAUUUUUGAAGACAUAGACUAUAGAUACCACGGUGUGAAACUAUUCUUGAGAGCUGCUAAGCCAGGUUUCGGUCUAAGAGUCAAUCACGUAAUUUAUGAAAUUUGUGAAUGUGCUGGUAUCAAAGAUUUAAGUGCAAAAGUUUACAAGAGUAGAAAUAUCAUGAACAUAGCCAAGGGUACUAUAGACGCUAUCACCAAGUCUCAAAAAUCUAUAGAUGAAAUUGCUCUAGGUAGAGGUAAGAAAAUUGUGGAUGUCAAGAAGGUAUAUUACUCUGCUUGA